AUGUCGCAACGAAGCGGUCGUUCCAGACGACCACUUAAAUAUCCAAACAAUGUUGUUCUGAAACCAUUUAGCGCUUCAGCUUGGUCAAACGCCAAGGGUAGCCUGAGGAGGCCCCGAGCAAGCGCUUAUAAGCGUGUAGACAUGCAGGUACCCGGACCUUCAAGCGGCGUAACAUCUGAGCAUUUUCAGAAUAACCAUGGUAAUGAGGACUCGAAAUCGCAAAUGUGUUCAGUCUGUGUACAGCGUUCUGGCUGGGAGUUCGUCAAGGAUUUCUUUCUCCGCGAACAGUCACUCCUCAAGCAGAAUGAGGCGUUGAAAACCCAACACGAGAAUGAGCUUCAAGACCUAUACUCGGCACUGGGGGCCAUGAGACUCAGUUAUUACUCGGCGCAAGCUCAUGUUGCCGCACUACAGUCACGACAGAAAGAACUCGAGACAUCCAAUUCCAGUAUUCACAAGCAACAGAUCACACUUGAGAGUGAGCUACAACACCUCCGUCGCCUUCAAUCGGACCUAGAGACCCACGCCUUAGAAGCAAAGGAGACCCACAAUCUCAAUUGUGAGAUGAUCAAACAUCAGAACGAAGAGUUGGAGCGUCGAAGCUCGGAGCUCCAUGCUGCAGAAGCCGCCGCGCGACAACUAGGUGAUAUGAUGAAUGAAGUGGUGUCCGCCAAUGAUUUCGCUGCUGCUUCCUUCAAAGGAGCUGUAAACGUUGCUGACCUGGUUAUGCGGAACAAGUAUCUGGAGUCGGAGAUACUCGACCUAAGAAACGCCCUAGGCCGUCUGCGAGAAGAUGUGCCCUCUCCUAGCGGCGGCGAGUCGAUAUCAGAUUCAGGCUCUUUUCAUUCCUUUGUUCCUCUCCCAGAAGAAGCGAUGAUAUGCAAUCCCGUGGAGGUGUCGAGCGCCUAUGAUCACUGGGAGGAGAGGAGAAUCUACCAUAAGAGCAAACAUUUGCAACCCAAGGAAUUCAGGCUUACACGGAUCUCGCUGGCGAUAUCGCAAUGCUACAAUCAACAUUCCGCUCUGGCAUGGAUCAUGGCGGCCAGAUUGAGAACGACAGGGUAUCAGCUACCGGCUGGGAAGGAUGACCUAACGUUUCGGAUAAUCCUUUCCGAAGCUCUCCCAAAGGGGUUCCAAAGUGGUAGAUAUGAUACACAAUGCAGUGCUCGCCAGUAUAGGCCAAGCAAGGUCAUUUUUGGCCCAACCCUCCUGAUACGCGCCUAUUCUCACCACUCGCUACCAUGGUUCGCAAGAUCAUCGAGCUAUGUUGAUCUUUCAAGCUGUAAACCUUUGGAUUGCUGGUUUUGCUGGGGAAGUCUCCUCACACUCAUUCGUUGA